UCUUGGUGCUUGCCUGGUCUUCAGGGACAGUAACUCCUAAGGAUAGGACUCUUAGGCAAAUAUAUAACCACUCAUUUGACAUUAUUAGUACGGCUGCACUGUACAAACCUAUCUUACUAUAGACGGAAAUCGUCCGACAGGCGCAGAUAGCCCAGGGCGUCGACUGGCCAACAAGCAGAGCAUCCAUUCAUCCUUUCGUUGGCAGCUGAGGUGCGCCAGUCGAGCUAGCUAGCGUUAGCCAAGAGGGAGUGGGCAGCUGUGUCAGAGGGGUCUUCAAACAUGUCGGGUUACCAAGGAAAGAAGAACAUUCCACGAAUCACAAGUGACCGUCUCCUGAUCAAAGGAGCAAAGAUAGUGAAUGAUGAUCAGUCCUUCUUGGCUGAUAUCUACAUGGAGGAUGGAGUCAUCAAACAAAUAGGAGACAACCUCAUUGUUCCCGGGGGAGUUAAGGUCAUAGAGGCUCAUGGGAGAAUGGUGAUGCCCGGGGGCAUUGACGUGCACACCCGGUUCCAGAUGCCCAACCGAGGCAUGGUGGCAGCAGAUGACUUCUACCGGGGCACUAAGGCGGCCCUGGCUGGGGGGACCACUAUGAUCAUUGACCACGUGGUGCCGGAGCCUGGCGUCAGCCUGAUUUCAGCUUUCAAACAGUGGAGGGAGUGGGCGGAUGCCAAGUCCUGCUGCGACUAUUCUCUGCAUGUGGACAUCACCCAGUGGAACAAAGGCACUCGGGAAGAGAUGGAGGCCCUCGUGAAGGACCAUGGUGUCAACUCUUUCCUGGUCUAUUUGGCUUAUAAGGAUGUUUUCCAACUUUCUGACUCUGAGAUCUAUGAGGUGUUCAGUGUAGUCAGAGACCUUGGCGCCAUUGCACAGGUGCAUGCUGAGAAUGGAGACAUCAUUGCAGAGGAGCAGAGACGUAUUCUAGAGCUCGGGAUCUCUGGCCCUGAAGGACAUGCACUUAGCCGCCCAGAGGAGGUUGAGGCCGAGGCAGUCAAUCGGUCUGUCACCAUAGCCAAUCAGACCAACUGUCCCCUCUACAUCACCAAGGUGAUGAGCAAGAGUGCUGCUGAUGUCAUUGCCCUUGCCAGGAAAAAGGGUGCCGUGGUUUACGGAGAGCCCAUAUCUGCCAGCUUGGGCACAGAUGGUACCCAUUACUGGAGCAAGAACUGGGCAAAGGCAGCAGCCUAUGUCACUUCUCCACCCCUCAGCCUUGAUCCCACCACCCCCGACUACCUCAACUCUCUGCUGUCAUGUGGGGACUUGCAGGUGACUGGUAGCGCUCACUGCACUUUCCAGACGUCUCAGCGUGCAAUAGGCAAAGAUAACUUCACCCUCAUCCCAGAGGGCACUAACGGCACUGAGGAGAGGAUGUCCCUAAUCUGGGACAAAUGUGUGGUGACUGGCAAGAUGGAUGAGAACCAGUUUGUGGCGGUGACGAGCACGAACGCGGCCAAGAUCUUUAACCUGUUCCCUCGCAAGGGCCGUAUCGCCGUGGGUUCUGACGCCGACCUCGUGCUGUGGGACCCGGAUUCCACUAAGAUCAUCUCAGCCAAGAGCCACAACCUGACUGUGGAGUAUAACAUCUUUGAGGGCAUAGAGUUGCGUGGCGGUCCCGCGGUGGUGAUCAGCCAGGGCAAGGUUGUGUUGGAGGAGGGCAGCCUUCACCCCACGGAGGGCUGCGGCCGCUACAUCAGCCGCAAACCCUUCUCUGACCACGUCUACAAGAGGAUCAAGGCUCGCAGCAGGCUCACAGAGUUGCAAGGAGUCCCCAGGGGCCAGUAUGAUGGGCCGGUGUGUGAGGUGACUUUGACCCCAAAGGCGAUGUCCACCGUCUCCUCUUUGAAGACCUCCCCUGCCAAGCAGCAGCAGCAGCAGCAGCAGAUCACUCAGCAGCCAGUGCGUAACCUUCACCAGUCUGGCUUCAGUCUGUCUGGGGCCCAAGUUGAUGACAACAUUCCUCGCCGCAGCACUCAACGCAUUGUGGCUCCACCUGGUGGAAAAGCCAACAUCACCAACCUCGGCUAGGCUCUUAACCUAAACUGAGCUGGGGGGGGGGGGCAGGGCGACACGGGACCAGAGGCCACUCUGCUGUCACAUCACAUCUGGUCACCUCUGACUCACCCUCACCCCACCCACAAGCACUCCAUCCAUUCUUAUUCACACAAUACCAUUAUGUCACUUUGUGCAACAACAAAAAAGAGGAAAGCACUAUUCCAUACUGUUUCAUCUUUCCUGUCAUAUUCCAUUGACAAGGAAGGAUAAUGUGAAUCGAAGAAGAUUCUUUUGGGCUUUUUUAAGCCCAGUUUGUUUGUGGUUGUGGAUGAAAUUAAUUUGUUUACAUUUUUGUAUCAUUUUUGCCGUACAUGUUUGAGCUGUUCGGUUUCCCUCUUGGCUCAGAAAGUUAACAGAAAAGAAGAGGUUAGUUUCAUGGGCAGGCAUUUUAGAAACUGCAGGUGUUUACAAUCUUUCUCAAUGCGCUGUUCGUUUAACAGAAGUUCUAAUGCGCUGGUGUUCUUGUUACUCGCCACCGUAAGGUGAAACGCCUCCAUUGUCCAUUUUGUAACACUGAGCUGUACGGUUGAUGUUUUAGUACUAAAAUGUUACAUUGUUGACAACAAAAAAAUCUAAAUACUAAUGAAAGACCAGAAUGAAGAACAUGGUUUCUGCAUCUCAACACCUAAUGCUAUCUGAAGUUUGUAGUAUUUAAUCUUUGUGAAGUUACUGUGUAAAACGGAACAACUCACCGUGGUCCUCCUUUAAGUUAUAGUCGUACUCUCUUCAUUUAAAAAUAUAAUCGGGGUAUCUUUUUUUUGUAUCGCAUUAACUCAUUUGGGAAAGCGCUGACUGCACUGAAAGGAAAUAGAGGGUAUUUUAAGGUUGAGCUGCUCAUUCAACUCCUCCCUGAAUAUGUGGGGGGGGGGAGGGAGAAAUGGCUGGCACAUAACAUUUUGUCUGAGUCACGUGAAUCUUUUCCCUCAUCUCAGCUUUUUGUUUCUUCUCUCCAUGUUUAUUAAAAGAUUGUGAGGGCGACAAGCUUCCAAUGAUCCGACCGGUGUAUAUUGUUCAGGAAUCGGACCGACGCGACGACGACGAAGAAGCUUUGCUGACGACCGCUCUGCACCUGGUGCUUUAUGACCGUUGCUGUAUAUGUGCAGGUGAUGUCCACACCCACUCGGCACUCUUCAUUUACCCAGUUUUGACAACAUUUGUUUUGCACUCGUAACAAUCCAAAUGAUAAAUAUGUAUGUGAGCUUGCAACUUUUUAUCUGUAUUGGAUAUGUCUAUGUUUUAGGAUAUUUGUUGAAUCAAACUUACUUGCCUGCCUGUUCCGUAAGAUAUUGAUAGCACACUGUAUCUAUGAAGGCUCUCUUUAAAGAAGUAGACCCGUGAUCUUUGAGACCUGAUGAAAAAUGCUUCGGUAUGUAUAUGAAUCCCCCCACAGUGUGUUGAUGUGUCCUCUGUUCUCGGUGUUAAUGUCGUGAAUGACUUAUCGGAGAUCCAGUUUCUCAUUUCUCAGCCCCUCUACCUGCCCAACACCGUUGACUCCAGGUUCACUCGAGGUUGUAACUGUGUUCACGAACAGUCAGUUUCACGGCACUGUGCAGCCAUACUGUAAAACACUGGAUUCCUUCUUCCCCAUUGCCUUGUCAAGUGUAGGUUGUGUAUGCCGAGCUAUAAUGUGAAGUGAUUUACAUUUGGGGAAGUGUCUUGGUGAUGGUUAUUGAGUUGUGAUGUUGAGCACUGUUGAUGUCCCUCGCCCAGCAAGUGUGAUACUCUUGGUCAUGUAUGUUUUGUAGGAUACCAGAGUUUUGGGGUGGGGGAGGGGAGGGG